AAAUCGGUCAUGGAUAGUCACACACGCACAUUCACAAUCGCACAGUCGUGUUUUUCUAUGCCCCCGAGGACAAUGCUUUGUGUUUCCCCUUGUGUUUAGUGCUUACACACUGUCUUCCCUCAUUCCCAAAGCCAAAGGGAGUCUGUACUUCCAUGUUAACAGCUACGGGAUAUAACUGGAUUCUGAAAACUAUUAAAUGCUAUCUUUUACUGGAUUGAUCUGAGGAGAUUUAACACCAACCACAAGAAAAAUCUGGCAAGCUAUAUACGCAUUCGUGCGUAGAGCUCUUUAAUCGAUGGAACCAGAUGGCAUUGCCCAUUUAAUCGAGAACCACGUUGUUUACCAUGAUACUAAUGGAGUUCACAUCUCGCUCACCACGGGCAACAAUUUUGUUUGUAAAAUACCUUACUUUGGAAUACAUUCUGGGAAGUAUUGCAAGCCAGCGGGAAAUCGAUAAAAAGGACAAUGAGCUUCUGACUGACACCACCGACUCGCGUGACACCGAUCGACCUACAAGGCGUUUUUGCUCUCUCCCACCUGAUUUGGUCAAAAGUUGUUACAGCAUUUUCCUCACGAUGUAUCGUCUCUCGUGCUUGGUCCUAGCUUUUGGACUUGUCUCUGGGUUAUCAACACUCCAAAAACGCGACUGGUCCACCCAUGGCAUCUUUGACAACGUUGAGCUGCAAUGCAGCCACGGUAGCCUGGCUGUGGCGCACGUAGGGAUACUGCUUACUGACUACAGCCAACAAUCAUGCCUGGAAUACAUCAGUGAUCCACAGCAUAUCACCGACGAGUUACGCAGGUACUGCGAUAUUCAUGGGACCAAAGCAAGAUGCACCUUCAAGCUGGCCGACAUCCUUGGACAUGAGCCUGACCCCGCAUGCCUCGACAACUACGACGUCAUCUCCAUUUGCCAAACUUUUUAGGGUACAUGGGAAUGGAUCCCACGAAAUGAGUCUUAAAGACGAAGUUUUAUCUUAAUAUCAGUUUUGAACAUGCAGUACGAGAACAGCAUUUGCUCUUCGUUUUACUGUAUCACUCGUAUUUAGGGUGGAAGGGUGUCUUUUUCUAUUCAAUUUCCAUUUCGCGUAUAUUUCUGUUGAAAGGCCAGUUACUCAGAAUUAGCUCUGGCGACUUGUUUCUCAUUUUGUUGGAUUAUCAUCACACACUUGCAUGUACAUGAACUUUAUGAAGACAUAAUGUUUGAACAGCGCCCCCAUUACAAGAAAUUGCCCACCCUGUGCAAGACAGGAGCUUCCAUUGUCAGUAAAAAAAACAAAGAAGGCGCAUUCAUUAUUACGUUGUCAUCGUAAGUUAAUUUUGUGUUGUUAUCCUCACCUUUCAUAAAAAAAAAAUCGCUAGCUGACUUAAUUUGGAGCGUUCGACUUGAUUCAAUGCAACCCUUCAAAAUGUACCUUUAUGAACCAUUUCAUAUUUAUUUUAAAUCUUCCAAAUUUCUUCAAAUUUGCACAAAAUUAUGUUCCAGUGGAAAAAUUCAAGUCAUGUCCCCUUAACAUUCUUCGACCCAAUCACACCAGGCCUGCGCUCUAACAGUUCAUUGAAAUCUUUGGUUUUAUUUAAAGCUCAUACCCAAAUUGUUUUUGGGAGAGGCUUAGAAAUGAUUCGAUAUGAAAUUAUACAUACAAUAAAAGUUUUGAAGAUUUGCAAUAGAACCAAUCAUUACAGUACAAGAUUAUUUAUUAAAUUCGAACUUCUUUAAUCCAGCAAA